UGCAAUGUGACCAGAAUGUGACAGGAUAGAAACUGACCAGAACGACCGAAGUACGCAAUGUACGGGUAGUGCGGGUAGUGUCGGCAGUCGGCAAGUGUGGUUAGCGUGUGCAGUGAAGGUUGUUGCGGGAAUAUGGGUUAAGUUGUGUUCGUAUAGUUUUGACAUUCUGUUGCGUUCGUUAAAUAUACCUGUAGGUCAUUCGUCAAAGGAAUCCUUCAUAUCUUUUUUGACAACUGUCAUAUCGUGCUUCAUGAAGCGUGUGUUUUUGCAAAGUGUCAUGUAAGAUAUUUGUUUGUAACAUGACUCCACCAAGUAAAAUACAGCAGUUAUGGGAAUUAUUUAUACAGUCUGAGCAUUCAUCAUAUGAGAAAUCUACAUGGCUGGAUGUGUUUUUAGCAGAGUUUCUGGCACAAGUGCAUGAAGGAAAGUCGGUGGAGGAUAUUCUCUUGGUAGGUGGUGUUGCUACUUUAAUUGGUUGUGAAUUACUAACUGAUGUCCAUCAGAUCUGUUCACAACCUGGAGAUGGUGAAGAUUUGGCACCACUCUGCCAUUAUCUUCUGCAUGGGCGUGGGUGGCGAAGUUUGGCAGUAUUGCAUUGCCUUGGUGUACAGAAUUUAUCCUGUGGUCGUGAAUUAGCAAGUCUUUUAAUAUCAUUGUAUCCAGUAUGUCUUCAGAAACCAAUGAAAAACAAAAAAGAAGUGAAAGCUCAGAAUCCUUAUAUUCCAAAAAAGCCAGCAACCAAUAUAGAAGAUGUCUUCCGAAUUCGGACACCUCUAAAAAACAAAUUUCGCUUACCUUCAUUUACCCAUAACUAUAAUUUGUGUCCGCCAUCUCGAGCAGAGUUUCACCGAAGUUUCAGCAAUACUUCUACAGGGCGCCUGAGAAGAUCAAAAACUGUAGUCAGCACAGAUGGCACCAAAGGAAAUACAGAGGGAGCAACUAGUGAGUCUGAACACUUAGAAGAAGACUUGGAUACACUGCCCAGUAAGGCAAGCACCUUAAAAAUAAGAUUGGACCCUAUGGAUUUUGAUUAUUUUACCUCUGUUGUUCGAAGUGAGGAUGAAGCUCGUUUGGAUAGUCACAAUUACACUCCAUUGAAGAGAGGAGGUCGUGAUUCAAAGGAAGAGCGAAAAAUUCCAGAUGAUUUCAAAGAUGAACGUGUUUUGAGAGUAUUAACGAGUGAAAUUUGCAGUUAUGAAUUUUUUCAGCUUGUUAUUCACCUUCUUCAGAGUUUAUGUACCUCUGAAAUAAAUGUAGCUUCAGAUAAUGCACAUCAAAUUGCAGUUCAAGCUAUCAACUUUUCUUUGGAAAAUUUAUGUUCCUUGCAAUUCGGUUCUGCCCCAACUGAGCCAUUCACAUCUACAGAGGUUGCCGAACUAAAAUCAGCUAUGACACAAUUAUUGCUUGCUGCUCUAGAAAAAAUUCUCUUAUAUUCUGAUGUAACCAUGACUGUGAUCCGUAAUGGCAUGCUUCCAGUCCUUUUAAAAGUUCUUGAAGAUGCUAUUUGUAAAAUAUCUGCUGCAGCUAAAAAUGCAGAAGAGGAGUGUGUUUUAGGUGAUGCAAUAAUUUCUAACCUGCAGAGUACAAAAGCAGUAUCUGAAACAGAGGCUUGUAAGAUACAAGAAUUUAUAUUUGGUUGUAUGUAUGGUAUAAUUACAUUUUUAUACUGCUUAUUGUUGCAACGUUGCACUGUGGACAAAUUCAGAGAUUUCUUGGAAUUGUUUCAACUGUUUGCUGAAAGUCAUGGUGGGCGAUUGGUUGAGAAAACAAUUACAGCUAUUAUAAGUUUGCCCCAUGUGAAUUCUCAGAUUUCAAUUUCCAGAGCGAAGAAAGUUAUUGACUUAACAGGUCAGUUAAUUGCAGCUUUGAAGAAAGUGCGAUGUGAAAUAAUACAUUCUCAUCAGUGCCGUAGGACACGGCAUAAACAGUGCAUCAGUACUGCAGCUCUUGAAACCCACCAUCAUCUAGAUCUUUUCGGUGCUGUGUACAGUACAUGCAUUGUUGCUGCAAAUCCUCACCACGCAUGCUGUAUUGCUUCUUUGUUUAUGGUCUUGGUGAGACUUCUGAAUUCAAACAACUUGCAAAUUGAAUCUAGAGUGAUUAAAGUCAUGAUGAUGUGUGGUACCUGCUGUUGUUUUCCUGUUCGCUCAUUGAUUGCACCUCUAUUAGAAAUUGUGAAGAAAAACGGAAGUCAGUGUCGACAUCUAGUGUUUGCUUUGUUGGAGAGAACCAUUUAUUCUGAAUUGGGUGCAAUUGCAACUGCUGACAAUAAGAUAUCUUGUGUUAUUUGUUAUAAGAGCACAUUAAUUUCCAAGUCUAUUAGCACAGAUUACUCUGCAGAAGAAUCGUUUGAGGCUGGACAGAAGGGCCGGAUUGCUAAGGAGUAUCAGGUCUCUUCCAAACUUGGAGAUGCUGAUAAGCUUUCUCUUGUAACCUCUUUUGAGGUACCAAGUGCUCGAAAUCCUUGGAGUUGUUUGGAAUUAUUUCAAGAUUUGCUGCAGUCAUCAGAUAUAAAACUUUGCCAUGAUAUCACAUCCCAUUUACUGAAAGUUUCUCCAAGAUGUACACCACAUGUUAAGCAAGAAUUACUUUUCAAUGUUUUCUAUCCAACGUUUUGUGUUGCGAAAACCCAGUUUUUGCUAACAGAUGAUGAUGUAUCAAAGUUCAACGUUCUCUCUUGCCUUUCCAUAUUUUCUUCAUUAUUGGGCAGUAUUACGUUUGCAGAUUACUUUAUUUCACAAGGAGGAUUGAAUCAUAUUUUAGAUCUGAUUUCCUUGCCUGUGUUUUCGAAACUAUGUUGUUCAGUAUUGGAAAUGAUUGCCAUUGUUGAAAUCUGGAAAUUGGAAUCAGAGGCCAAGGUACACAAUGGAAGUGAAUCUCAUGUAUGUGACUUAAAGCAACUACCAUCUCUGAACAUGCUACAAAAUGCUAUGGAGGCUUCAUCUCGACGAUUAUUAGUUAUUUUUGACAAGUAUACAAAUAGUCAGUCUGCAGGUAUUUCUAAUGGAUCAUCAACUCCUGUGAAUACUACAAGUGGUACAGAAUUAGAUGAUAACAAACCAUCCCAGGAAACUACUGAAGAUUCUGAUGGAUUGGACAAUGAGAACUGCAAUAUUAAUUCUGAAGAUACGAAAUCAAUGCUUGAAAGUUUGAAUGAAAGUGAUGUGGAUGUGAACAAAAAUGCUGUGGAUUCUUCUAAUACUAAUGAUGCAAUGCCUGGAGUAAUUCUUACAAAAGAAGAUCGAGAUACUUAUUGUCAACUACUCCCGACACUUUGUGUGUUUUGGCGCUCGUGUGCUAACUUGGUUGUUUCUAGUCCAAGCUUCCGAGCACAUUUACAGCGCCAACCUGUUGCAGAAGAUGCUGGCCAUCUUCUUCUGUGUGCUCUCAAUCGUGUUGUGCAAGGAAAUUUUUUUAUGGGCAAUAAAGAACAGGUGAUGAACCAUAUUUCUGAAAGCAAUCUUCAUAUGAAACUCAUUGAAGCAACAUUAACUGUCAGCCUGGCAACCCCUCGUGCUGUUAAAGCCCAACUAGAGGUACUACCUGAUACCUCCAGUGCACCAUGUGAUAUUGUGAUUGCCAAUCUACGAAGCAUUUUGCUGAGAAGUGAUCUGACGUGUAAUGUGAACGUUCGGCAGUUAUGUGAAGUGCUCUUACGCUGUGCUGUUGCCGAGUGCUGUCAAGAACAAGUUAUGCCUCCAAACCGCAAACCUAAACUUCCAGCACUUUUUGUUUCAACCACAUGGGAUGAAAGUCUGUCAGAUGCAGAUGAAGAUCUUGAUACUACAGAAUUAAGCAAUGACUGUAGUUCUCUGGAUGAUACAUACAUUACAGCUGAUGAAGGAUAUGAAGCAGACAUUGAAUUGCUUGAUGGUGGAAUUCCAGUGUAUGCUGCUACAGCAUCAGUAGCAGACGACUGUAGUUCCCUUGGCAGUCCAGUGGGUGUGGCUGGAUCUGCAUGGUCUGAAUAUGGAAGGAAUCACAAUAUCGUUCAGCCUAGUUUAUGCACUUUGGCAAUUGAUUUUCUUAUCCAUCUUAACAACAGGUACUUGGAAACUUGUAGUUGUGAACAUGACAACGAACCUGAAAUUAACGGCAAUGUUCCAAUGUGGUCUGAAUUGCCUAAUGAAGCUAUGCAUUUGCAAAAUUUAGUUCACUGCAUUCAGAGAUUGGUUGCUUUGUGUCGGGACAACCCACAGAAUUGCAUCACUCUUGCAAAGAAUGGUGUUAUUGAAAAACUAUUGGAUGGUUUUGGAACAUUCUUAAAAAUCUUGAAUCCAAAUUACACAGAGCUUCAAAGUGCUGUUCUUGAGCUAGUGACAUUGUUGGCUCGUUACAGCAUAUCGCCUCAAGAGCUUUCGGUGUAUUUGAAUUUUUUCAAGGCAAACAAUCCUCCUCUGGAAGCAUUACUGACACCCCUAACUUCCUUGGUAAUGACAAGUAAGCCACAACCCAACUACAUUUUGUGUUUUCCUGUUGAAGCGACUCUUGCUACUGUUGAAGAAGUUGAAUCUAUAGAGUCGAAACUUCUUGGAGGCUCUCCAGGAACUCAGGAAGGCAAGAACUUAUCACAAGGAAGCAGUGGCCUGCGUUUGUCACCUACUUUAAGCAGUCCAAUUGGGGAAGAUAUUGCUGGAAAUCUAGCAGCUACUCUGCAUUCAAAGCACACAGAAGCAGGUUUGGUAUCAGCAUGGUCUACAUGUGCUGUAGCUCUUCCAAUCAAUACUGAUUUAGGGUGGGGUAUGUGGAUGAAUGGGUUUUCAAUUGGUCUAUGGCUUCGUCUGGAGCGUGGCAGUAAUGCUGGAGGUGCGACUCUAGUUCACACUCCUUCAUAUCCAAGUUCUCUUCUCUCUGAUAGUGCUAGUGGAUCCUUGUCUGAUUGGGGACUGACAUCUGAUCACUGGGCUAAAGAUGGGAGUAUGCAGAAUGCUUCUGGAGUUAAGCCAGUGUCAUCAGGAAGUGUUCUUCAUAUGUUUUCCAUUGGAUAUGAAAAUCUUAUGUUGGAAGUAUGGGCUGAUCCAUGUUCAGAUACAUUGACUUUGAAAUGGAUGCGGCCAGAUUGGAAGAGUAAUGAAGUACUCUGUGAAUCUACAGUUGAAAAUUGCCUUGCUGUAGGACAGUGGCACCAUUUAGCUGUAAAUGUUAAAGAUUAUGUUCAGAAUAAAAAGAUAGUAAUUGAGGUGUUGCUGCUAAUCGAUGGAUGGCGUGAAGUGAAAGUUUUGAUGACCUACUCAGGAUUAUUAGUUCGAAAACUUCGGCCUGUUUGUCUCCUACUGGGUCAUAGCGUUGUGCCAGGUGCUGCUAAACCAGUUGGGUCCUGGUAUUUGGGCAGUGUCAUGUUAUUUCGUUGCCCUGUUUUUACUAGAGAGCGUGCCAUUUAUCUUGUGGGUUUGGGUCCAAAUUACACAAAUUUGACAGAUUGUGAAGUGGAUAGAGUCAGUCCCAAUUUUACUUCUGUAUUUGGACCCAAGACCUUAUCUCCUGGAAUUGAUUGGGAGAUGAUCUUAGAUGGAAAGAAAGGAAAUUUAAAGGAAUUGCAGGACAAUUUACUCCUUACAUAUUCAGCACAAAACCCACAUAUUGUCAAUGUAUAUCCACAAGUGAUGACCAAUCCAGGAGGUGUGGUUGGUUCACUUUUUCCAGGGCAACCUGGCUUUCGUGUUGUGGCUGUAGAGCAACGUGCCAGCCAGCAAUUACCACUUCCGGCACGACCGAUAUUACUGGCUACUCCUAACAGUCAGCAAUAUCAUGGAUUAGUUGCUGCUGCCAGUAUCUUAGGUGGUACACCUGUCUUUCUUUUCUUGUUGGCUCGAGUGGUAGAACUGAAGGCAAGCCAACAGGCCCAGGCUAAAGCACUGUUUCUGUUAUUAAAACUUGUACAAGCAGAUAGUGAACUGUUUGCUCAAUUUGUCAGUCAAGAUUGUCAUAAAUUGCUAUUGAAAGUACUUUCAUCAUCACGUUGUAUUGCUGGACAUCACAUGCUCAAGGCUGUUUUGGAUACAUGUUGUGACAAACCAGUCCUGCAAUAUCAUCCUGGAACAAGAAAAUUUCACAUCGCAUGCCAAUCAGAUGCCAUAAUUGUAAAUUCCUUUCUGCUUUCUACCAUUGUGGGAUCUUGGAGAGAUUGGGAGCGAGCAGGAGAGGAACAACUCUUCUAUGAAGGAGGUGGUGUUUUGGGAACACUGUUUCGAUCACUACAUGUUCUCCUGAGGGAUGAUCACCCAUUUAGAGAGUUCAAUGCUACCCAACUGAACAGAGUGCGAAUGGUAGAAGCUUUACUUUUGUUUUGUAAGGAACGUUUUCUUUAUGAAGAAGCACUCCAAUUACAUGUGUCAGUGUGUUGCUCUCUUGUGGAACUUAUUCGUUCAUUGAUGGGUGCACCUCCUGAGUUUUCACAUAUUGUGGCAGUGACUGAUUUUUUGGUCCUUUUACAUCAAGCAAGUGCCACAUAUGUCACACAUGUGCGCCCAAGUUUCUACUUUCUACUCUCUUCACAACCUCCAAAUGUGCCUACCAAUCUGACAAACAUGCCACGCUCAACACGAAAAGAGACCGGCCUCAGUCUUGAGAAAGCAGGAGGAUUUCAAAUAGAAGGAGAUACAAAACUGAAAUCAUCUACAACGAAAAUUUUUGUAAAUGAUUUAAAAGAAAAGGAAACUAAAAAUAAUUUUGCUCAACCCGUGGAUCCACAAAAAUUGAAUAAGGCUCUUACAAAUUUACAGAUUCAACAAUGCUCUGGAGAAGGACAUGGUGACAACGAAGCCUCAGCACCUGGGCAAAGAACCGAUUCAAAUUCAGAUGUUCCUGUGGACAGCAAUAAAGUAGAUGAGCUGACUAUGGACUCUGGAAUUGCUUGUAGUUUUAAAGAGAAUCAAAACCCAAGUGAGCAAGAAUUAAUUCGAUCUAGUACAGACAUAGCCAAUCAACCCAACAUAAUGGGUCUUCCGUACACUGAUUCAGUUGACAAUAAGAUAAAACUUGGGGGAGGUUCUUUUUCAUCAAGCACUUCAGAAGUUAUUCAUGAAGAAAAGGAAAAAGUAAAGGAUGACUUGCAAAUAGUGCCUAAGAAAGAAGUUGAAGAACAUGAAGAUAUUGAGAAAUUCACUACAGAAACGGGCGAUGAUGUUACAACAAGAAUUUGGCCAGAAGAGAGUCCUACCCCAACACAAGUAUCAUUUGACAGUUCAACGGUGGUUGGAGAAGGUGAAAAAUGGCUUGGGAGUAAUUCAGGCAGAGGUAGUUCUCAGAGUUUAGUUGUUGAGGGAUUAUUACUUUUAUUAAGAGAUACUCUUCUGGUCUUGCCUGAUAAUAUGGCUCAUCAAGUCCUCAACCAUGUUGUGAAAGCGGAGGCACUCCUUGUCAUGGCAAAUCAUGCUGAUCCCCGGGUUAGGACGGCAGUUGUGAAGGUGUUAUCUGCUUACUUGCAACGAUCCACUGAUGAAGAAAUAAACAAAUUUUUGAAGAUUAAAGGAUUUUACCAGUUAGCUAAUCAGCUGAGCUUAUUUCCUGCUUCAUUGGAAUUAGUGGAAGCAUGUGUUGCACUUGUUACUCGUUGUAGUGUGAGUCUGGAGGAACAAGCGGAGAUCUCGCUUCUCACAAAUUUAACUUUUUUACAAGCAAACAGUUUUCCACCUUUACUUGCUCUAUUGCCCCGUUGUGUUCAUGACACAGCUCUUACUCACAACCUAAUCAUAUUUCUGCGAGAAGUCUUCACUAAGUCAUUGAAGUCGCAGUCAUUACGAACACUCCUAGAUUGUGGCCUGUUGGAAUCUCUGGAGAAAACCAUCAUAGCAGUUGCCCAUAUGCCUCCAGAGCCUAGUGAUUUGUGUGGGAUCUCAGAGCAAGAUUUACUUUUAGGUGAUGUCCAGGUUUUCUUGAUGACCAUUGUGGGACAGGUUUUACGAACCCCAGGAGCACAUCAUAUGCAGGUGAUAAAUGACUUACAACUGCAAUUGAGUUAUUUGGAAAGAACAGAACGAAGUAAUUGUGGAGUACAUGCUACAUGUGUUACUGCUCUGCGUGAAACUCAGUGUGUCAUCCUUGAAGGGUCGCUGGAUAUUUUACAGGACAAGAUAGCAUCAGUGCAAAGUUUUGGUUCAAAGUUGAAGAACCCUACUUCCUUUUUCUCAUCAGAUCAGCUCUAUCAUUCAUCUUGUGAACCUCCAAAACUAGAACAUGGUCAGCCAUCAUCUGCCCAUCAAAUAUAUUCGAGCACAUCUAGUGGUGGUAGUGCUGUUGGUAAAGCUAGCACUGGUGUACAAAGCAAAGAAGUUCCUCGAAGCGAACUAAAUGACAGACUGAAAAACAUCAUAGUCAAGUCAGUGGAUUUUCUAACUAAUGUUGAAUUGGUAGGUGGGCGUAGUCCUGUAACAAAUGCAAUUGAACACAAUUUUUCUCGACGUCUGCUGGCAUCCCUACUUCAGGGAUUGCGCACUGUGUUGGAAAAACGGGGAGCAUCGCAACGAACUGUUUGGAGUCAAGUGAUGUGGGCAGCUCGUGAUACUUUGCGUGUGCAAAGUGCUAGGCUCUUGGUGUGGUUGUUAUCACCAGCUCAGCCUGUGAAGUUGCGAAUGUUUUGUGUACAUUCUUUAAGGGGCGAACAACGUUGUAAAGAACUUGUUUCAGCUAUGUUGCAUACCCAUUCCCAAAUGGAACAGAAAUUUGUUUUUUUCUUGUGGGAACUCAUGAAUAGCACUGAAAACCUGUUAGCACCAGCAGAUUUGCGUGUUUGUGAAGAGCUUAAAGAUCAGCUUGAGACUUGGGGCAUAGGAGGAAAUACUGAACAAUGUUCCUGGCAAGAUGAAGUUCGUUUGUUGAUGGAAGAGCUAGAAAGACAACCAAAAAUUUGGGAGAAGCACAAUGAAAGUGCUACGUUAAGGAGUGUGUAUAAAUUUGAAGGUCUAAUGAAAACUGUGGCUGAAGCAGCAAUGAGCAUUACACGUCUGGUAGUGGAGGCUCAGAACAGUGAGCGCAAAGUUUUCAUGGAGCAUAUCAAGCUGGCAUAUAGCGAGAAUGUCCAGAUACGCAUUAAGUGGCAAAAGAUUGUCCAACAACUAACACAUGAGAGAGCUGUGUGGUUCUUUUCUGAAUCAUAUCCACAGUCAUGGCAAUUAGAUGCUACAGAAGGCCCAGCAAGAGUGAGAAACCGCUUGCAGAGAUGUCAUCUGGGCAUUCAGAGCAAAUAUCUCAUGUCUAGCUCACAGCAGAAAUCUUCAGAUCUAGCAAAGAAUGAAGAUCCAUUAUCUUAUUUGUUUGAACAAGAUAAGCAGUCAUCCACUUCUACAGUGCUUAUAGAACGAUUGCAUACUAAUGAGAAAAUCCAGCAUAUGUGUCCAGCUAGAGUUAUUACACCAGCCAAUGAAGUUCCUGGGGAGUUACUUAUUGGUGAAAGUUGUUUGUAUUUUGUUGCUGAUGAUAGUAUUCUUGGCACUGACUUGUCUGAAGUUACCGCGGGCAGUUUGGAUGUGUCAUCAACAGCAUGGCAGUUUGAGAAUGUGAAGGAAAUUCAUAAUAGAAGAUUCCAGCUGCAAGAAAGAGCAUUGGAAAUAUUCCUAAUGAAUGGAAAGACUUACCUUGUUGCAUUUCAGUCAGUGAAGGAACGUGACACAUUUGUUUGGGAGCUUUCUCAGUGCCAUCUCCCCAACAGAGUUGUUGGAGAUAAUUUAAGUGAUGUUGUUCAGAUGUGGCGUGAGGGUCUUAUCACAAAUUGGGAGUACCUUACUCAGCUCAAUAAAAUGGCUGGUCGCUCAUUUAAUGAUCUUAUGCAGUAUCCAGUGUUUCCCUUUGUCCUAUCAGACUACACUAGUUCAACUUUAAAUCUUCAUGACCCUAAAGCGUACAGGAAUUUCAAGAAACCUAUGGCUGUUCAAGAUAAAAAGAAUGAACAACAUUAUAUAAAUAACUAUAAUUAUUUGAAACAAGAGCUACAAGAGAGUCAACAUUUAGUGUCAUUAAAUCAAGAACCAUAUCAUUAUGGGUCACAUUACUCCAACUCAGGAACAGUUUUACACUUUUUAGUACGCUUGCCACCUUUCACUCGUAUGUUUUUAACAUAUCAAGACAACAACUUUGACUUGCCUGAUCGGACAUUUCACUCAUUGUAUACGACAUGGAGACUUGCUAGUUCAGACUCCACUACUGAUGUUAAAGAACUUAUUCCUGAAUUUUUCUUCCUUUCUGAAUUCCUGCUGAAUAGUGAAGGUUUUAAUUUUGGAAUUCGCCAAAAUGGAGAAAGAGUCCACCAUGUUUCACUUCCUCCAUGGUGUGAUGGGGAUCCUCGUCGUUUUAUUUUAGUACAUAGGCAAGCUUUAGAAUCCGACUUUGUGCGAGAAAACCUGCCCCAUUGGAUAGACUUGGUGUUUGGAUACAAACAAACAGGAAAGAUGGCAGUAGAUGCUAUUAAUGUGUUUCAUCCUGCAACUUACUAUGGUUUCAAUGUAGAAACUAUUAAGGAUCCUUUGGAACGUACUGCAUGGGAAACAAUGGUUCGAACUUAUGGUCAGACUCCACGUCAGUUAUUUCGCUCGGCACAUCCUAUGGUUGUCCAGUCCCUGUCAUCUCAUACAUCUGUUCAAUCUAUGCGUACUGUUAUUACUGGUGUGAAAGGAUUAGUGUGGGGAAGUUAUGUUGGAUCUCCUUCUGAUCCUGAACCUGUUGUUGUGUGGAAACACCAACAUCGAACACCUGUCGCAAGUUUGGUGCCUCUACUGACUAAUGACGUUUUUGGUCUUGCUCCUCAAACAUCUUUGCUUCUUUGUUACAGUAAAGAAAAAGGUCUAAGCAUGAUAAAUACAACUUCAGUAUUGGGUGCAGCUUUAGUUACCUGGGGCCACUCAGAUUCAAUCAUCAGAGCAAAGCUUAAGAAAGAACAACCUCCAUGGCCUGUUGUCAAGUCUGGAGGACUUGAUCCUAUCUGCAUAUGUGCCAGUGUACCAGACUGCAAUCAGCUAUGGUUAGGCCACUGCUCAGGCAAGCUGGUGGUCUUUGAGUAUAAAUUUGAUCCUGGGAAAGGAGUAUUGGAUUUUCGAAGCGACCCAGUUACUUUAUUGGGUCAUUCUAGUGCAAUCACUAGUUUGUGUAUUUGCCGCAGCUUUAGUGUAGUAGCAAGUGGCAGUCAAGACAGCUCAACUAUUUUAUGGGACCUGAAUAACCUUUCAUAUGUGCGCUCAGUGCCCAAAGUGGGCUCUCCUGUGAAUCUAGUGUGUAUAAGCGAAACCAUGGGAGAUGUGGCUACAGUGUGUCACUCUAGCAGUAGCAGUACUCUACGCUUAUACACCAUCAAUACUUCCUUGGUGGGUAGUGUAAAUUCACCCAUUCCCAUCACUGCCUUAUGCUUCUCCAGUGCACCUGAAGGCAUCUCAGUGAAUGUGAUAGCCACUGGACUUGCUAAUGGAGCUGUGAGUCUCACCUAUUCAUACGAUUCCCAGCACUUGUAUGCCUCAGCAGCUGAUGGCAUUGUGAUUAUCUGGGAAGGAGCCGGUGCCAAGGGAGUCAGCAGAACACCAAAAUUCCUAAACCUCACAUCCUUAUCAAUUAUAAAUUUCUCCAUCAAAACGGCAAUAUCUAAUACACCUAAUACUUCCAUUAAAAAAGAAUAUUCCAUCAUAUUUGAUUUCUGUGAGGCAUGUGAAAAUAUUAAUCUGCUAAAAUUAUACUGCAUAUGGAAAGAGAUUGUGCUAAAUAUUUGGCUGUGGUUUCAUUAA